CAGUCUUUGCUCAGUGCCAAGGAGAGGUGCCCCGGUGUCCCUGUCCCGCGCCACCGCACUCCGCAUCGCUCCCUUCCUCGCGGCGUCUUCCUGAGGUCACGCGAACACCUCACAUCUUAUUCGAGCAGCUGCUCAUCAAGUCUUGCUCCCCCGGCGCCGCCACAGCCCCCACCCCCCUCAGUGCUGCGGCGCAGUGCUGAACCAAGUGACCACCUUGUUGUGACUUGCUGCUGCUGCCGCUGCCGCUGCCAUCUGCCACGGCGGAUGUUGUGUAGGAAAGGUGAUACGCGCGUGAGCCCGCAGCGUGGCUUGUGGCAGGACGUAGGUGUGGCGUGAGGCGAGGCGUGGUGCCGCCGCGGCUGGAGGAUCUGGGUAGCUGGUGAGGUGACCGCCGCCCACUAUGGUGUGCCCACAUUUGUGUCAGAGACCAGCGACGCCCUGACUGCCACGCCUCGCCGGCUUCCGCUCCGCCAGCCGCGUCAGGUGAGCCGAGGCGUGGCAGCCGGUCAGCGCCUCCCAUGUGUCGCCCGCCCGCACAGUGUCAGCCGCCCCACAAUGCCUGGCCAGGAUACCAGUGCCGUUCAGCGAACGUCCAGUUAAGCCUGCGGGCGCGGCACUGCUAGUGACUCGAGUGAGCGGGAAGCAUUUUAGAUGGCCAGAGAGGCGGCCGCGGUCUGGGUGAGUCGGCAAGAUGAUGAAGUACAGUGGCGGGCAUCGCCUGCGGCGCCGCAACUCAUGCACGGCGCUCCGGACGCGACCUCCGCGCGGCGAGGGGGACCUGAUGGCCGCCGCCUCCCACCCGCCCCGGGUCCGCCGCCUAAGCAUUAAGGAAAACUCCCACACCGAGGUAUUGGGGGCGGCGUCCCAGUCUGCGGGGUCCGGGGUGUCCCUCCUGGUGCCUGGUGCUAGCGUGGGCACCACUCCCUCCACUCCCCCCACGCCCGGUACGCCCGUCGCGCCCGGCGUGGGGUCUGACCCGUCCCUGCGGGUGAGCACCAUCCUCAAGCGGUGGAACUCGCACCGUGAGCGGCGCCUCAGUGACUCCCGCACCACGCCGCCAGACCCCGCCGCCGCUCCCGACACGCCGCCCUGCUCCAGGAAGCUCUCGUCAUGCUUCGGGAAGCGUUCGGGAGGCGGGGGGCGGCGGAACAACGAGUGCCUCAUCCUCGAGCCCUCCGAGAUGCUUGUGGUGGAAGAUAAGGGAAAGAAACGUCACAGGAAGCCUCGACGAGGGUCCUUUAAUCCCCUCUCGCCCCCCAUUGACUACCCUGACGUGCAGCUGAUGCGCCCUGGGCAGCGCGCGUCCUGCAACACCAUGAACCUGGAGAAGCUGAUGGCCCUCGAGCAGGACGAGAUCACCAUCAGGCCGGGCGGACGCGGGGCUCCGCCGCCGCCACCGGGCCACCACCACCAGUAUGAGAAUGACCACGCCCACCACCCCCACCACCCCCACCAUGACGCCUACCUGCCGGACCUAGUGGGCAGCGCCAUCCUGCGGGGCGCCCGGAGUCGAGGCAGCGUGGGGUCGUCAGUGCGUGAUGGCUCCGACACCUCGAGUGCUUACUCCGGCUCGGACACCAUGUGCCACUCCCUGCAGUCCUCGCUGGAGCCAGACGACGUGGACCUGUCUGGCCUCACCGAGAGUGCCGUGGACUCCGACGAGGAGGACCUGGCGGAGAGCAUUGAGAGCCUGGCAGUGCGGGAUGCAGUAAGGGAGUGCCUGGAGAAAGACCCCAGCGAGCGCUCCGAGGACGAUAUCAAGGUGCUGCUGGAGUUCACGCAGCGCCUCAGAGCCUUCUCCAACAUGACCCUGGCAGUGAGGAAAGCCAUGUGUCAGGCCAUGGUGUUCGCAGUGGUGGAUGAGGCAGGCACGGUGCUCAUGAACCACGGGGAGGAGCUGGACUCGUGGAGCGUCAUCAUCAACGGCCACGUGGAGGUGACGCAGCCUGACGGCUUGGUGCACGAGCUGCACCUGGGAGACAGAGCUCACACACUGCCAGCCUGUGAUAACUUCGGCAUCACGCCCACCAUGGAGAAGCUCUACCACCAGGGGGUCAUGCGCUCCAAGGUGGAUGACUGCCAGUUUGUGUGCAUCCGCCAGACAGACUACUACCGCAUCCUGCACCAGUCGGAGGAGAACAUCCGCCGCCAUGAGGAGAACGGAGUGCUGGUGCUGGUGACAGAGCAGAGGCCCAUUGAUGCCGGGAACAGGAAGGGCAACAUUGUCAUCAAGGGCACAUCUGACAGGCUGAUGCAGCAGCUGGUGGAGGUGGAGAACAAUGUGGAUCCAACCUUUGUGGAGGAUUUCCUUCUGACUCACCGCACCUUCAUAGAAUCUCCACUCGUUGUGGCUAACAAACUUCUGCAAUGGUUUGAGGACCCUUCACUGCGGGACCGAGUAACAAGAGUGGUCCUGCUCUGGGUCAACAACCACUUCACAGACUUUGAGAUGGAUCCAGCAAUGAUGAACUUCCUGGAGCAGUUUGAGGAGGGGCUAGAGAGGGAGAAGAUGGCCGGGCAGCUGCGUCUCUUGGACUUUGCCUGCGCCACCAAAGCCAGAGCCAGGACUGUGACGCUCACCAGGCCCUCCAGAGACGAGAUCCUGCACUUCUCCAUCUUAGGAGGACACGAGAGAGGAUAUGGAAUCUUUAUCUCCAAGGUGGAGAAGGGCAGCAAGGCCGAAGAUGUUGGGCUGAAGCGUGGCGAUCAGAUUUUGGAGGUGAACGGGCAGAGCUUUGACCGUAUGAACCAUGCCAAGGCCCUCGAGAUCCUGCGCCAGACCUGUCAUCUCUCCAUAACCGUCAAGAGCAACUUAUUAGCCUUCAAGGAGAUGCUCAUGACACCAGAGAACUCCCCAAGACCUCGCUCCAGGAAGCCUUCAGACGUGCACGGCCUCACUGAUCCCAACAACCACCUCAACCUCAACUCAAACUUUGCCUCCAUGAACAUCUCAGCCGACCCCAACCAGCAGUCGCCUAAGGACAAGGGCAAAAUAAGCAACAAUAAGGGUCUGUCUGUCACCAACAAGGCCAACAAGAUCAGGAAGAAGGUCCUGGAGUCCCUCAUGCAGAAGAAUAGUCCUCAGGACUCACAAGCCAACAGUGACGACAGUGUGUCCUCCCAGUCCAGCAUAAGUGGCGGCCUCUACCACAGUCACAGCAACCCAGACCUCAGCACCACCGGUGCCUAUGAGGACAUCAGGACAGAAUUCCCUGAACAUGUCUUAAAGGUGUACAGAGCCACAGACCAGGCUGCCAGGUUCCUCCCAGUGCACAAGGAGACAACAGCCCGGGAGGUAGUGAUGCUUUCCCUGCAAAUCUUCAACAUCAGUGACCCAACAGGCUCCUCUAACUAUGCUUUGUAUGAAGUCUCAGUCACUGAAGAGGGAAUCACCAAGACAAAACGUCUGCCUGACUCAAUGCAGAAUUUGGCUGAGAGAAUAGCUCUGAACAGCAGAUAUUACCUGAGGAAUAUCACCAUGGCCCAGACCAGCAUUGCCGAGGAUGUGGUGAACGAGCUGGUGCGCGAGUCAACCGUCUGCUUCCUUCAACUCAAUUCAGUGGACCUGGCCAUCCAGCUCACCCUCGAGGACUACACCAUCUUCCGCCAGAUAGAGCUCACUGAAUACAUCGAUGACCUCUUCAACCUCAAGUCCAACUAUGGAAUUCCAGCACUGUCUCGUUUUCGUGAGCUCGUGAACCGGGAAAUGUUCUGGGUGGUGACUGAAGUCUGCUCGGAACACAAUCUAGUCAAGAGAUCCAAGAUUAUCAAGCAGUUCAUCAAAGUUGCACGGCAAUGCAAGGAAUGCAAAAACUUCAACUCAAUGUUUGCCAUACUGUCUGGUCUGGGCCACGGGUCAGUGUCAAGACUAAAGCAGACCUGGGAGAGGCUGCCGUCUAAGUACCAGCGGAUGUACCAAGAAAUGCAGGAGUUGAUGGAUCCCUCAAGAAACAUGAGCAAAUACCGUAACCUUGUCCAGAAUGAAAAUAUCCAGUCUCCAAUUAUUCCGUUCUACCCAGUCGUCAACAAGGACUUGACUUUCACACACGAAGGAAAUGACGACAAGAUUGAAGGACUCAUCAACUUUGAGAAGCUGAGGAUGAUUUCCCGAUACAUCCGGGACCUCCAGAACAUGUGUUCCGCGCCUUAUGACUUGUACAACAUACAGGACCCAGGUGGGCAACCUCCCAGCUCAGCCCUCAUCAGCCUGAACCAGAUGGGUGCCGGGGGUCACCAGAUUGCCACAGUCAAGAGGCGCAAGAAGUCCACAGCUGCUCCUGACAAGAAGAAGAUGUAUGAGGAGGCCCAGAUGGUGCGCCGCGUCAAGGCUUACCUCGCCCGGCUCAACAUUGUGACGGAUGAGGACCGGCUGCGAGCGAUGUCUUAUGAGUGUGAGGGCGGCUCGGAGGGGCACAAGCUGGUGGGGGGAGGCAGUGGAAACAAUAACAAUAACAAUAACAACAACAAUAAUAACCACAAUCAUGGGGGUUCUAACAGUGCUCCCCCCACCAACCCACCCCCCAGAAGGCGCCCCCAUUCCCCCACCCCCUCCACCACCUCCUCCACCUCCUCCACAUCUCAGACUUCUGAUGGCAAGAAGCAGACAGCAAAGUUUGGAGCCACGUCUCCCCAGUCCAUUAGCAAGAUGAAGGCCCUGGCAGAGCCCAAGACGAAACCACACCACGGCCCACGCUCCACCUCCACCCACCACUCUCUCUCCCCCACCCCCUCCCCCGGCCCGCCCCGUAGGGGGUCCACCUCCACCAAUAAUUCCCGCUCGUCUCAUGAGCGCUCCCAUUCCGACACCCAUGCUGUUCCUGUGGACCUUAGUGCAGAGUCAUCCUCUGUCACCUCCCUUUCCAAACUCCAUAAAUCCCACACUUCAGGUUCCAUGGCAUCGACAGAGUGCCAAGUAGUACCUGGUGGGUCUGACUCUGGCAUCUCGGCCCAUUUUGAUGGACACUCCUCCUCCUCACUGGAAGUUGAAGCUGGUGGAGUGCCUAAUUAUGAAUGCUACCCCCACUCCUCCCCACCAGCCCACCACCGCCGCUACUCCCACCAGCCAGAGUCACGGUCGCGGCCACCCUUCCCGCAUGCAGUGGCUGUGCUGCCCCCUGUCCCGGCAGGCAUGGGCAGUGCCCGCCUGCGCCGCGGAGCCCCGGGUGUCCCUCCAGACUACAUUGCAACUCAGCUCAGAAUGAAGCAGAUGGGACGAGCUCUGUCUCAUGACGGUGUUCAGUAUUACCACCCCACACACCACGAUGAUGAAGAAGAAGAUGCUCAGGUCUCUGCUGUGUAAGCUACCUGCCAGGCACUGGGAGGCUGACCUAGUCCCUUGUACAUUUAACCCUUCAUAUUAAAAUUAGAUUUUUCCAUUAGCUUUUACAAGAGUAGCUUCUCAGAGUUUGUUACUAUACAAAAUAUUAUGUAUUUAAUUUUGAAAGUCCAUUUAAUCAGUAAAUUGUAGAUGUCAACUGAAAAGUGUGAAAAACUCUGGUUUGCUUAUCUUGUGGGAAUGAAAUUUGAGAAGCCAAAGAUGAACAGUCUCAUAUGGCCCAGAGAGAGUGUGUGGACUGAGCCCAGAGGAAAGCCCUGCUGAGAGACUCCAUAUUUUAUUACAUUCAGUAAGAGUAUGACAUUUGUUUGUGACUAUUUAUGAGAGACAGUUAAUAGUAAGCUAUGUAAAGAUAUAUCCUAACUAGUAAUGUGUCUGUAUCUCUCCACUCCUAACCAGCGGUCCAUUACUAAACUCUCUGGCUAUAAGAUACUUUGGGGCACAGCUUCAGUAAGAUUUUUAUGAAUUUAACACAUUAUAAAUACAUGUAACUCAUGAUUAUAUGUGGAUGUUCUGUAUAUACUAUAUAGAUAGCUUUAUUCAUGUCCAUAUGAUUAGUUGUUAAGUAUUCAGUGUAAGUAAUGAGGUCAGCAAUUUUGAAACUUUCAUUUCUUCUGUAUGUUAAAUUUUUAAUGCUGUAAAUAAGAAGCCACACCAUAUGGAAGAUGAAUGUAAGACUCAUGUUGGUGACUCCCGAAUGACCAGUGUGUGUCCCUCUCCAAGCCAACACAGCCAGCCAGCCACCUCAUCGUCCACGCCCCUCCCCCGGGAGCCACUGAGGCUGUGAGGGCUGAGGGGGAGCAACCCUUUGCAUGGUGAACACUUGCAAUGUAUCAGACUUUAGCAGAGUUAGAGCUAAACAAAAUAAAUAUUAUGUGACACUACUUGAGAAAAUUUCAUAACUAAAUUUGAAUUUGUGACUGAUUGGCAUAGUUUUUUUUUUUUUUUUUUUUCAAAAAUAAUAAUUUUAGCACAUGUUGUACAAGAGUAAUUGACAAUCUUACAGUUAAUUUGGCGUAUUGCAUUAUUUUCUGGGCGAUAAUUUAGUUUAUCAGACACAUAUUUUGUGGAUUUCCAAUGAUAUAUUAACUUCUUUCCUGCAUUUCAUCAGUGUUGACUGUAAUAUUAACCCCAAUGUUCCAGUUAUGUAACUUUGAUGUCACCAAAAAAUCAACAGAACAUUCAAUGUAACAAGUAACUUAAUUGUGUUUUUUCUAACUGAUCGGGAGCCUUGUGUCUUCUGCCCUGAGAACAAGUUUGCAUCCAGAGAGUCGAGGGCAGGACACUAGAUGCCUGACGUGGUGGUGAGAAGAUGGUCUUGGUAUACUUCCAAACCUGCGGCCCUUUCUGGAGGCCUGGAUAAGAAUGUACAAAUAAAUACACUUCACUUUGU